UACACGUCUGGGAGCACUGGUGUGCCGAAGGGGGUGCCUGUCAUGCAGUCGUCGGUGGUCGCACUGGUCUCGAACACGGAUGUCUUCCCGUUCCAUCCUGGCGACAUGAUUGGGAUGAUCAACAACCUGGCAUGGGACGCUAGUAUCAUCGACAUAUGGUGCACGUUAUUUACCGGCGCCACGGUUGUCUGCUUCAAUCGGUACGAUGUCCUGGACCUGGUCGUUCUUGCCGAGCAGUUCCAGCUGUUUGAUGUCACGGGAUGCUUCAUGUCCAUUGCGCUCUUCCGCCAAGCCCUCGAUCUCGCACCCCAGCUAUUCCGCGACCUUCGCAUUUUGCAGGUUGGU